AUGGCCCAAGCUCCGCCUUCCCCGUUGACCCCCAGCAACAUUCCCCGCAACUUAAGCUACAUCGCCGGCUUGUACGAGAGGGCCUAUUAUCGCACGGCCCGUCCAAGCAUCGCAGAGGAUUCGGGAACCGAAGGCUCCGAAUCCGAGUCCGAGGGCAGGCCGCGUGGCAGGACCCAGAGACGUCGCCAUCUCUUCAGGGGACCCAAAAGUAGGGGAAGGCGCCGAACUCGCUCUGCCCCGGCUCAGGGUAGGAUACGAGGAGCAUCACGCAGCCGUAGCCCCAGGACUCGCAAGCGGGUGCGCUUCGCCGACUCCUUGGGCCUGGAGCUGAUCAGCGUUCGGCAGUUCUGGCCCAACGACCUUCCACAGGUGCCAGAGAGGGUCCACAACCAGCUGAGGCGUGACUCCCUCAGCCACUUUGCGCCGUGUCUGCCAUUCUGCCCGCCGGUGAAGGAAUCUUGGAACCUGCAGACUCGGCUGCUGGAGCCAAUGUUCCCAGAUCCUCUGAGCAUGCCUGAUUUUCUGUCCCGUCUUCUGGCCCAGUGCGUGCUUUUGGAGGGUGUCCGGGCCGAGGGAUCCUGUGUUUCUGGCACCAUCCGUGUAAUCAACCUGGCCUAUGAGAAAAGGGUCUCUGUGCGAUACACCUGGGACUUUUGGGCUACCGAGCACGAAGCUCGUGCCUCCUACGCCGCCCCUGCAGGGCGGGACCAGGACCACGCUGACCGCUUUGCCUUCCGUCUGCCUCUGCUAGUCCCACUUUCCGCAGGGGCGGUGCUCGAGUUUGCCCUCUGCUACAUGGUGGGGGGAAAGGAAUUCUGGGACAACAACCAGGGACGUAACUACUCUCUGCGGCCUCCUCCUUGCGUAGCCGAGGAAGAUGAAUUCCCCAGCCCCAUUCAAGAUUGCUGUGAAACUGGCUGGAUACACUUUCUGUAG